AUGAACAGCAGCAGUGAAGGUGUGUGUUACCCCGACCUUCCCGUGUGCCUGCCCUGCUGGCCGGGGUGCAGCAGCUGCCGGGACGGGACCCCCUGCUGGGUGCAGGAGGGGGGGGUGCUGCGGGGCGCCGUGCUCACCCUGCAGGGGGUCUUCAUGAUCCUCAUCUUCGUCAGCAUGCUGGUGGCCUACAGGCAUCGCAGGAGCCGGAGGAUCCGGGCCUCCGGCCUCCUGCUCCUCGAGACCAUCCUGUUCGGCUCGCUGCUGCUCUACUUCCCGGUGAGCGUCACAGAUUAA